GGAAGAGAACAGAACAAGAACAAGUUUGCUCACACAAAAUGCUUACGUCAUCAAAAUAUGAGAAAAAUUUACCACAUUCACCGUUUGUUUUGGUUUGUGAUCCUAUAGUGAACGAUUUCCCACUCAGUUUUAACGAAGUACUGGAUCCCUUCAAUGAUUGUCUGAAUUCUGAUAACAGUUACCCCUGUACUUCUUUUGAACCUUCCAAGCUGACUGACUUCCCUUGUCUUGACUUGUCACCACAGAAACCCACCCUGAAUAAGUUACAGAAAAACUGCAACUUCAAUGAUGAGUGUUGCAGUAACGACUACAUCCCAGAAGGACGAAGAUGCAAAGGCUUAGAUUCCUUGGAAGAUUCUAUCAAACCGGAAUCUUCACAGGAAGCAUCUUCCAAUCCAGCAAGGGAACUGGAUAAAGAUAGCCUCAAGCCAAAACUUGAGCCUCUUCCUAAGUCAGCCAGCAAAAUUGGGGAAAUUUUACAAAAGAGGCCACUGAUGGCUCCUACAGCAGGCAAGAGGUUAUAUCCUCAAUCUCUUCCAUAUCUUGAGCCCAUUCAAGUAAAUCACAUUAUUGUGAUUCACCCUGGAUCACAGAAUCUUCGAAUUGGACGAGCAUCAGAUUCCCUUCCUGUCUCAAUACCACACUGUAUUGCCCGCAGACAUAAGGUUCCUGGUCAGAAAAGAUAUGAAGAUCCGUGGCUAGUUAAGAAAGAGUGUCAGCAUGCUGAAGCCAAACUACAGCAGCGGCGUGGGUUGAAACAAGCAGAGGAAGCAUUACUUAGCUGGCCAAAUAAUCUUGGAGAGUAUCGAUCAGCAACUUCCCAAAAACAGCUUGCAACUUACAACAGCUGUGUUUUAGGCGAAUGGACUGAUACACAUUCUUCAUUGAAUUGGACCAGUACAAUUGAUAAACCUGAGUUCUUGAUUGGGGAAGAAGCUUUAUAUGUUCGAACGACAGAUUGUUAUAAUUUACAUUGGCCAAUCAGAUACAGUCAACUAAACAUACACAAAGGACCAGGUGGAACUUUUUCUUCUGUUCUGGCUGAUCUUGAAACUAUUUGGGCGACAGCUUUAGAAACCAAACUAGGAAUUCCUCGUAAAGACUUAAGUGAUUAUAGAGUUGUAUUACUGAUUCCAGACGUGUAUAUUCAUAAACACGUGAAGGCCUUGAUGAAUAUACUUCUAAACAACCUCGGUUUCUCUGCAGCUAUUAUUCACCAAGAAUCUGUUUGUGCCACUUUUGGUGCUGGUGUAAGUAGUGCCUGUGUGUUGGAUGUUGGAGAUCAGAAGACAAGUGUUUGUUGUGUGGAAGAUGGAUUAUCCCAUAGAAAUACCAGAAUAGUUAUGGACUAUGGAGGCAGUGAUAUUACAAGGUGCUUCCAGUGGUUACUUACAAAAUCUGGAUUCAACCCCCAACACCUGAAAAUAACUGAUAUUGUUGACACAAGGCUCAUACAGGAAUUCAAAGAAACUUAUUGUCACAUGGAUCAGCAACAAGAUGGUGUAUAUGAAUACAACAUACACAUUAAAAAACCACAAAGUUUGAUCAUCAAAUAUAAUUCUGUGAAACUUGGAGAUGAGUGUGUUCUGGCACCAUUGAGUUUGUUUUUUAACGAUAUGUUGGCACUGCAAGGUUCCCAACUUUGUCACACACAGCAAAGGUAUGAAGGAGAUUCAGAUGACCCUCAUGAUGAUUUUUACCUGUUACAGACCCAGAGUCAGCAACAACAAGCUGCUCGUUUGAAUGCAGCUCGGAAGAAGGAGAAUGUUGAAGCAAGUUUAAACCAGCUGGACACCUCGUUUAGUCAGUACGAAGACACUAAUCUGAGCCAUCCACAGCUGGUCGAUGAAGACUCGUAUGAUGGUCCGGACAAUUUCUCUGGAAAUGACACUUAUAAAGGAGAGAGGAAACUAGAUUUGGAAGAGGAGGAACCUCAAGACACUGGACCUUUAUUACAACUUAUGGGCAUUGACCAAGCUAUUUUACACAGCAUUAAUAAACUUAGUAAUGAUGAAAUUAAAAAGAAAAUGUAUAGCUGUAUUCUUGUAAUUGGAGGAGGGUUAAACAUACGUGGUGUCCAAGGCUGGAUUCAACAUCGUUUGUGGUCCCAAAUGCCUGUUCAAUUCAGGUAUACUUUGGAAGGAAUGGAUGUUAUUACUAGAGCUAAGGAUAUGGAACCAAAUUUAAUACCCUGGAAAGGUGCUUCUGUACUCUCCUGUUUAGAUACAACACAGGAACUUUGGAUCCGACAAAAAGAAUGGCAACAAUGGAGUGUACGCAUACUAAGAGAACGGGCACCAUUUAUAUGGUAAAUUUAGUUCUAUUGGAAAGUAAUCUCACUUUAAACCAUAUUGUUAUAAAUUUUUUAUUUUUUUAUAACUAUUUGUAAAAUUUUCUCAUGUCAAAAUAAAAAUUUUAAAAAAACCAA